CUUUUUGCCGAGAAAGAGAAAGAAUAAAAAAAGCAUUGGAACAGUCUGAAUCACAACAACUGAUCGAUUCGGCUUUUUUUUUACAUGUUCACUUUUAGUUUGUUACAGUCUUCCCCCGCUUUUUGUUAGAACAAUGAUAGGUUGAACAAUACAUUUUUAACAAUGAUUUUUUGUAUGUCCUGAGUUACAACUAUCAUUAGCUGAGGUCAAAUCGACCCAAAAUGAUUUUUGUUCAUAAUGAAUGACAUUGUCUACUAUGAAACAAUUCCUAGCUAUAAAGAAUUCCUAGAAAGACAUCUUGUAUCUAAUCAGCCUGCCAUGUUUGGACCAGCCUUAACAAAGGACUGGAAGGCAAGAAAAGAGUGGGUUAUUCCUAAUGAACAAGCAAUGCCUCGAUUCAAGCCAAACUAUGCUUAUUUAGAGAGUCGCUUUGGAAAUACUAGAGUUCAAGUAGCUGAGUGUAAUAAAAGGCAUUUCACAGAUCAAGAAAGAUCUGAAAUGACAUUUGCAGAAUUUUGUCAAUUGUGGGAAGCAAACGAAGGGAAAAAGGAAAAGUCUGGCAACUAUUAUUUAAAGGACUGGCAUUUUGUAAAGGCAUUUCCUGACGAAGGAGCAUAUGAAGUACCUAAAGUUUUCAAAGAUGAUUGGCUCAACGAAUAUUGGAUUAAUCAUAGUGAGGAUGAUUAUCGUUUUUCGUAUAUGGGAGGAGAUGGCACAUUUACGCCACUGCAUGCUGACGUCUAUAGAUCAUAUUCAUGGUCAAGUAACAUAUGUGGCAUCAAGAAAUGGACGUUAUUCCCACCGGGACAGGAGGAUUGUUUCAAAGACAAGCUAGGUAACAUGGUCUAUGACAUUCGACAGGUAGAUCCCGUUCAAUUUCCUCGAUUUAAGGAUGCGAAGAGUAUAGUCAUCUAUCAAAGAGAUGGCGAGAGCUUAUUUGUGCCUUCUGGUUGGUUUCAUCAAGUGGAAAACAUAGGUGCUACUAUAUCCAUUAACCACAAUUGGUGUAAUUCAACCAACAUCUUGUUCACUUUCAAUUCCCUCCAAAGCGACUAUAAAGAAGUGAAGGAGUCAAUACAAGAUAUCAGAGAGUCUGUAACAUCCGAUGAAUUUAUGCAAGAGUGCCAGAAACUACUGUUGAUGCAUAGCGGAUGGAAUUGGAGCUUAUUCCUUUCGAUAUUACAUCAUGUAGCAACAUGCUAUAUAAAGAACUGUGACUACCAACCUGAUGUGCAAUGGCAGAUGAUAAAAAUUGAAAAGGUGUUGAACGACUGGCAAGAAGAUAAGGACCUUGUGGGCUUUCUUAAACAGGAUCCAUCAUUAUACCAAAAAUUCAAUGAAUUACAAACUGUUAUUAAACAUAGAGAAUGAGGAAUAAUGAUAAUAAUA